AUGUGCGCCCGCCGCAAACACCACUACGCGGUGCUCGCCACGAAGAAGCGGCCCGCGGCACGGCCGGCCGGCCCGCCCGGCUCCGCGCCCAGUGCGCCGUGCCCGGAAACCUCGCCGGACCAGGCGCCGCGGCGCGCAGACGUGUACACGCGGCUCUACGCGGGCACGAAGAAGGCGCGGCUGGCCGCGGCCCGGCCGCGGCGCACGCCCAGCCCGGCGCAUGCCAAGCCGGCCUCGGCCGCGCAGAUGUACGAGCUCAUCCGGCGGCUGGACGCGUUGCUCUUCGCGGAGCCGAACUCGCUCGACGCGGCGCUCGAGGAGCAGCAGCCCGUGGCGGCCGCGCAGCUCAUUGACGCCCAGGACACGCAGCUCAGCGUAUACGAGCGCGGCGAGAUGAUGCGCAACGCGCACGUGUACUACGUGCCUCCGGCGUGGACGGCGCCCGGGUGCGGCAGUGCCAUCAACGUCAGCAGCUUCAAGAACAACUAUGGGUUCGACGACGCGGACGGCAACUACGUGGUGCGGCCGCAGGACCACGUGGCGUACCGCUACGAGAUCGUGCGGGUGCUCGGCACGGGCUCGUUCGGCAACGUGGUGCACUGUCGCGACCACCGGUACGCGGCGCGCGGGCGGUGGCGCAACGUGGCCAUCAAGGUGAUCAAGAACGAGCUCGACUGGCUGUUGCAGGCGGUCAGCGAGGUCAAGAUGCUCAAGCACCUUGCGGCCGCGCAGGCGGGCCGCGCCGACGGCCACGUCUUGACCUACUGCGACCACUUCCACUUCCGCGGGCACAUGUGCAUUGUCAGCGAGCUCCUCUCGCUCAACUUGUACACGUUGCUCGAGCUCGGGCAGUUCCGCGGCGUGGCGCUCGCGUUGGUGCGGUCGUUUGCGCGCAAGAUCUUGGCCGGCUUGCGCUUCGUGCACGCGCAGCACGUCAUCCACUGCGACAUCAAGCCGGAGAACAUCAUGAUCCGCCUCCCGCCGGACUACUGCCCGGGCGCGGCCGGCGCGCCGGACUUUCAGGUGAAGCUCAUCGACUUCGGCUCCUCGUGCCUCGAGACCGAGACCUCCUUCUCGUACAUCCAGUCGCGCUUCUACCGUGCGCCCGAGGUGAUCUUGGGCGCGCGGUACGGCCCCCAAAUCGACGUGUGGUCCUUCGGCUGCGUGCUCGCAGAGCUCUUCGCGGGCUCGCCGCUUCUCCCGGGCAGGAACGAGCUCGAGCAGAUCGCCUUGGUCCUCGAGAUGUUCGGCGCGCCGCCCAGCGCGUUGGUCUUGGCCGAGCGCAAGCGCUUGCUCCGGUCCGUGCGGACGGACAUGCACCGCAAACUCAACGACCCGCUCGUGUCGGGCGCCUCCGUGUUCUCGUCCAAGCCCGCCGUGCAGGUCGACGAGCGCAAGUUGAAGAAGACGUUGCUCUACACGCUCUUCAAUCUCGACGGCAAGAUCAACCUCCCGUUCCUCAACUUGCAGUUGCAGGCCUGCGAGCCCAAGGACCAGCCGGCCUCGGCCCUGCCCGCGCCGUUCAAGCGGAACGUGAAGCUCAGCUCGCGGUCUCUCGACGUGUCCAUGCGGUUGCACAGCUCGCACGAGGACAAGUCGGACCAGGCCGCGUUCUCGCGCUUCAUGGGCCUGGUUUUCCAGUGGGACCCGGCCGUGCGCCCCACGGCCGCGCAGCUCCUCGACUCACCGUUUCUACAGGACGGCCUUGGUCAAUCAGCCGGAGGGGGGCCGCCUAAUUAA